CGGGCACCGGCGCGCGGAGCCAGCAGCCGCCGAGCCCGCCAGCCGGGGCCAUGGGCUGCGACGGCCGCGUGUCGGGGCUGCUCCGCCGCAACCUGCAGCCCACGCUCACCUACUGGAGCGUCUUCUUCAGCUUCGGCCUGUGCAUCGCCUUCCUGGGGCCCACGCUGCUGGACCUGCGCUGCCAGACGCACAGCUCGCUGCCCCAGAUCUCCUGGGUCUUCUUCUCGCAGCAGCUCUGCCUCCUGCUGGGCAGCGCCCUCGGGGGCGUCUUCAAGAGGACCCUGGCCCAGUCGUUAUGGGCCCUCUUCACCUCAUCCCUGGCCAUCUCCCUGGUGUUUGCCAUCAUCCCCUUCUGUCGAGAUGUGAAGGUGCUGGCCUCUGUCAUGGCACUGGCGGGCCUAGCCAUGGGCUGCAUCGACACCGUGGCCAACAUGCAGCUGGUGAGGGUCUACCAGAAGGACUCGGCCAUCUUCCUCCAGGUCCUCCAUUUCUUUGUGGGCUUUGGCGCCCUGCUGAGCCCCCUCAUUGCUGACCCCUUCCUGUCUGAGGCCAACUGCUUGCCUGCCAACGGCACGGCCAAUGCCACCUCUGGAAGCCACCUGUUCCACGCCUCCAGGGUCCUAGGCCAGCACCACACCGAGGCGUGGCGUUGGUCCAACCACUCGCUCUCCGGGCUGCCUGCGCAGGACCGGGCAGGGACCCGCGUGUCGUAUGCCUUCUGGAUCAUGGCCCUGAUCAAUCUCCCGGUGCCCAUGGCUGUGCUGUUUCUGCUAUCCAAAGAGCGGCUGCUGGCCUGCUGCCCUCAGAGGAGGCCCCUGCUCCUGUCCGCAGAUGAGCUGGCCCUGGAGACGCAGCCUCCCGAGAAGGAAGACGCCUCCUCACUGCCCCCAAAGUUUCAGCCACACCCAGGGCACGAGGACCUGUUCGGCUGCUGGCAGAGGAAGAACUUCAAAGGAGCCCCUUACUCCUUCUUCGCCAUCCACAUCACAGCCGCCCUGGUCCUGUUCAUGACCGACGGGAUGACGGGGGAGUACUCAGCCUUUGUAUACAGCUAUGCAGUGGAGAAGCCGCUGUCUGUGGGGCACAAGGUGGCUGGUUACCUCCCCAGCCUCUUCUGGGGCUUCAUCACCCUGGGUCGGCUCAUCUCCAUUCCCAUCUCCUCCAAAGUGAAGCCAGCCACCAUGGUGUUCGUCAAUGUGGUGGGCGUGGUGGUGACGUUCCUCGUGCUUCUCGUUUUCUCCUACAACGUCGUCUUCCUGUUCGUGGGGACAGCCAGCCUGGGCCUGUUCCUCAGUAGCACCUUCCCCAGCAUGCUGGCCUACACUGAGGACAUUCUGCAGUACAAAGUUCAGGCCUUUCCCAGGACGUGCCUGCUUGGAAUAUUUCACGGUGCCCCGUUUUUUCCAGUCUCUGAUCACCUCCAUCGCUGCCUCCGCAGGUCUUGGCCUGUGCCCUUCAGAUUUGCCUCCCUCGGUGGCGGUUCUCAGUGCUGGUCCCACAUUAAAAUCACCCAGAGCGCGUAUAACACAACCAGAGGCCUGGGCUUUGUUUCCAUGACACCUGGCGUAAUUGGUCCGGAGCCACUGGGAGGCUCUGAAGCGCAGCCAAGGUGGGACCACUUAGCGGCGGGUCUCCAACCUGCUGCAGUGGGGUCCCCGUGAAACACACAGUCACGGCCUUUGCAUAUUCCGGUGGUGAUCUUCUCCUUUCACCAGCCUCCCCUGCCCACCUCUUGUACUCAGGGCCUGCGUCCUGGCCAUGCUGAAUUACUUGCUAGUCCCUGAUGGCACAAAAGCUCUGCUCUGCCCGGAGUGCCCGCUCUACUCCGUCUGGCCCCUUUACCUGCCUGCUCAAGUCCCUCCUUCUCUACCCCUUCCGGAAGUUUCUCUGAUUCCCCCUGGAAAGAUGUGUCCCUCUCCUUUGUACCUGCCUCUCUUGUUUGACCCUCAUGGCUUCUGUACCUAUGUUAUCUGUGCCCUCUCCUCAGCAAUGUGCUCCCUGUGGGCACCAGCAGGGAAGGAGGGCCAGAGCAUAGGCUUUGAGGUCAUUGGCAGACCUGGAUGUGAGUCUUGCCUGCACACUUUCUGGCCUUGAGACCAUUUUCUCAAUUUUCUUCCCCUUUCUGAGCCUCAGCUUUCUCAUCUGCAAAACGGGGGCGCAAAUACUUAUCUUUAGGAUUGUUUGUGCGUUUGACGAAACGUAAAACACUUGACUUAGCAGCUUAACUGACUCACAGGUGCUCAAAACAUACGUUAACUCUAAUUAUUCAUCUGACUACUCGGUGUUUAGCUCGGUACCUGAUGCCCAGAAAGUACGGGAGGGUUUUUGAAUGAAUGAGUGGGAUAGACAGUGGGUGCUACUGGGAUUCAGAGAAGGGAGUGACCAGUGUUGAAUCCACACAUAGCUUCCUGGAGGAGAUGGGACGUGAGCUGGCCCAGGAUUUGGAAAGGCAGAAGGAAAAAGGGAAGACAUUCCAAGGAAGAGUGGGGCAGGGGCAGUGAACAAAGUGACAGCAAAGGCAUAGAGACUAAUGUACACGUGAGCCAGACCAAAAGAGGAACUUGAAGCCUAAAGCAGGGAAUGAUAAUCUCUGUUUUAGUAAUCAAUCAGUCAGCAUUAAGUAUCUAUCAUAUGUUGGUCACUGGGCUAAUAAUAAGCAGUAGUGGAUGCCACUGAAUACAAUUCAGGGCACAGUCCCCUCUCGUGGGCUCGCAGCGCAGAGGGGAAGGCUACCCUGCAAACAGUGGGGUACCUGGGGGAAGGGUGGAGGGCCGCGGGACACGAAGAGCAGCUACCGCAGGGUUAGGGACGGGGGAGAUUUCCUGGAGGAAGUCUAAAGGAGAAACUUCAAAGAUGAACAGGGGCUCGGCCCACAAAGGGGAGGAGGAAGAGGACCGCUCAGGAGGGAGGGAGGCAACGCAAGCGUCAGAACCCGGCGGUGAGCACGAGUGUGCAGGGCAGGAAGCGAGACCGUCCUCCUGGCGGGAGGGUGGAUUGUGAGCGGGUGUGAUGGGAGUCUGAGCUCUCAGCAGAGACCAGGCCCUGCAAACCACAUGAAAGCAUUUGGACUUUAUCCUGAAGGCAGCGUUGAAGGGGUUAAGCAGAGAACUGGCAGGGGUUCGGGAGUUCACUGUGUCCAGCACUGUGCUAAGUACUUACCACUUAGUAAGUGGUGUAUCAAAUUCACCACACAGCAACCCUGCGGAGAAGGUGUUGCCAUGCCCAUUUACAGAAAGGAAACCAAGGCCUAGAGAGGGGGGAGAACUUGCCUAAGGUCACACGGCUGGUAGGUAACACAGUUGGGCUUGGGACCCGAGUCUGACUCUGAAGCUUGGGCUCAGGGGGUCUGUGCCCUGUUGCCAGAGUGAGUGGAGGUGUGGCUGGUCAGUACAAUGCCAGGGCAGUGAGGACACUGGUCUGCCUGGAAGAGAGGGCUGGCCUGAGGAGAUCAGGGAAUCUUUGCGGAAACGUAGGGGGCAGUCAGAUUUGGAAGGACCCCCGAAUGCCAGGCUAAGCAAUUUGGAAGUUACCCUGAAGACAACCCUGAGUGACUGAAAGUUCUAGAACAGUGAAACUAUACUGACAGCAGGACCUAAGCAUUCCCAAAGCAAAGUUAAGGACUGAGGCCUGAGAAAUCUUAGGAAUUCGAACUCGUCCUCUUAGGCAGUCACGCCAUUUUCCAGGGUCUCCCCAGAAAUAGCCGGGAUUGUACCAGCUGACUUGUCUCCUUAACUUGCUUUUACUAACCCAAAUCCUUCUCUUU